AUGGGUGUUCCCCAUAGCUCAGUCGUUCACGACUGCUUGCUCUCGGCCGUGGGGAACAAUUCCAAUUUGCUCGCUUUCCAAGGCGACUUUAUGUUUGCCUCAAAAAUUCAUCCCUACAAUUUGGAUUAUCCCGUGGUCCCUACCGCCAUCACUUAUCCGCAAACUACGGAGCAAGUCGCUGAAAUUGUCAAGUGUGCAGCAAAUCACGACAUCAAGGUUCAGGCUGUCAGUGGAGGCCACAGCUACGCCAACUAUGGCCUUGGAGGGAAUGAUGGUGCAGUAGUUGUUCAUCUGAAAAACAUUCAGCAUUUCUCCGUUGACCAAGAGACUCACAUUGCGACCGUUGGCUCCGGUACACUGCUUGGAGAUCUUCACAACCGUCUCUAUCAUGCAGGUAGAAGGGCCGUCGCUCAUGGAAGCUGUCCUCAGGUCGGCAUGGGUGGUCAUUUCACCAUUGGCGGCCUAGGCCAGAUGUCUCGCGAAUGGGGUACGGCUCUUGAUCACGUCGAGGAGGUUGAGGUUGUUCUCGCAAAUGCCAGCGUGGUGAGAGCUUCCAAGACGCAGAAUCAAGAUAUCUUCUUUGCCAUAAAAGGUGCGGCAGCAAGUUUCGGAAUUGUCACGGAGUUCAAGCUUCACACCCAUGAAGCACCAUCGGAAGCCGUUCAAUACACAUACGAAAUCAAUUUUGGUGAUUUUGCUGAGAGAGCGCAGCUCUUUAAAGAUUGGCAACAUCUCAUUGCAACCAAAAACCUCUCUCGGAAAUUUUCCAGUGAACUUGUGCUUUUUCAAGGUGGCGCCUUGCUAUCUGGCACAUUUUUCGGGUCCAAAGAGGAAUUCAAUGCCUUCGGACUGGAAGAGCAUUUUCCAAUCAGAAAUCGUGGCUCCAUCUUGUACUUGACGGACUGGCUUGGCAUGCUUACCAGCAAGGCUGAGGACCUCAUCAUCGCAGCCAUGGGUGGCACCCCAGCGGCGUUUUACGCCAAAUCGCUGCCCUUCACGCCUGAAAAUCGCAUAACAGAUGAGGGAGUUGAUGCUAUGUUUAAGUAUAUUGCCAGUGCGAAAAAGGACACUGUCGCAUGGUUUGUUAUUUUCGACUUGGAGGGUGGUGCUGUGAAUGACCACGCCGCAAAUGCCACUGCUUAUGCCCAUCGAGAAGCUUUCAUGUGGAUGCAAUCCUAUGCAGUCAGCUUGGUUGGUCCUGUCAGUUCUACCACCAAGAUGUUUCUUAAUGGAUUAAACGAUGUGAUCACUUCUUCUCGACCUGGAGCAUACGGGGCAUAUCCCGGAUAUGUCGAUCCAUACAUGAAAGAUCCACAAAAGGCUUACUGGGGAUCGAACCUUGAGAGGCUUCAGAAGAUCAAGGCCAAGGUUGAUCCAAAGGAUAUUUUCCAUAACCCCCAGAGUGUGCAGGGGAGCCUCCAUAGCCAUUAG